AUGGCCACCCACUCCCACGACAACGGCCCCCUGCACUCGCACGACCACCACACGAACGGCGAACCGCACGGCCACACCCACGAGAUCUACAACGGCCCAGGCUCCUUCCUGCACCGGGAGAUGCCCAUCGUGGAGGGUCGCGACUUCCGCGACAGGGCCUUCACAGUUGGCAUCGGCGGGCCCGUGGGCAGCGGCAAAACCGCACUCAUGCUCGAACUCUGCCUGGCCCUGCGCAAGGAGUAUAACAUCGCGGCCGUGACGAACGACAUAUUCACACGGGAGGACGCCGAAUUCCUGACCAAGCACGGCGCGCUUACACCGGAGAGGAUCGUUGCCAUCGAGACGGGUGGAUGUCCGCACGCCGCGGUCCGCGAGGAUAUCAGCGCGAAUCUACUCGCGUUGCAAGGGCUGCACGCGAAAUUUCAGACAGAUCUCCUGCUCAUCGAGAGCGGCGGGGAUAACCUGGCAGCAAACUACUCGCGCGAACUGGCGGAUUUUAUCAUCUACGUUAUUGACGUGGCGGGCGGGGAUAAGGUGCCCAGGAAGGGCGGGCCGGGCAUCACGGGUUCGGACCUGUUGGUUAUCAAUAAAUGCGACCUGGCGCAGGCGGUUGGAGCGGAUGUAGACCUGAUGGAGAGAGAGGCGAACAAGAUCCGCGAGGGCGGACCCGUCGUGAGGGGUGUGAUCAAGAAUGGCGUGGGUGUGCGGGACACGGUGGAGAUGAUCCUCAGUGCUUGGAGGAGUACGGCUGGGUAUGCUGUCAGUCGGAAACGAUGGGAGGCGGGCGCUGCUCGAGGGAGUGGUGAGCAGCCGACGGCCAAAAGAUGA